AUGCCUCCACCACAAUUACGAUCAUCAAAUAAAAAUAGUUUAUCUUCAUCGAAGUUGUCAACACGAUUCAAAUUACAAUUAAAACAAUUUCUAAAUUUAUCCUUCUACAAGGAUCUUCUUAUAAACCCAAAGAAAUCAAUUUAUAUUAUGAUUGGUCUUUUUAUUUUGGAAAUAUUUCUUAACAUUUUUAUUAUAAAAACAACUAAGUAUACAGAAAUUGAUUGGCAAGCAUAUAUGCAAGAAGUUGAAGGUGUUGUUAAUGGUACAUUUGAUUAUUAUAAAUUAAAAGGUGACACUGGACCUCUUGUUUAUCCAGCUGGUUUCGUUUAUAUUUAUUUAAUAUUUUAUUAUAUAACCAAUUUUGGUAAUAAUAUUCAUCUUGCUCAAUAUCUCUUUGCUUGUCUAUAUUUAAUUAUGAUCUCAGCUGUGUUCUAUAUUUAUUAUCGAAAUGCAAAGGUUCCACCUUAUGCAUAUAUAUUUAUGUGUUUAUUAGCAUAUCGUAUUCAUUCAAUUUUUGUUCUUCGACUUUUUAACGAUCCUAUUGCAAUGACAUUUUUAUAUAUUUCAAUUGUUUUUCUUCUUCAUCGAAAAUGGACUAUAGCUUGCAUUCUUUAUAGUUUGGCUGUAUCAAUUAAAAUGAAUAUUUUACUAAUGGCACCAGGACUAUUUUUUAUUCUUGUACUUUCAGUGGGACUUAGUCAAACAUUCAAAUAUAUAUUCUAUUGUGGUUUAUUACAAUUAAUCUUUGCUAUACCAUUUCUUUUAUCAAAUCCUAUGGCUUAUAUUAUUCGUUCAUUUGAUCUUGGUCGUCAAUUUUUCUAUAUAUGGACUGUAAAUUGGCGUUUAAUACCUGAACAUAUAUUUCUUAAUCGUUAUUUUCAUUUAAGUUUAUUAAUAAUACAUAUAUUUAUUUUAUUUUAUGUUUGUCGUUAUCAAUGGUUAAAGAAUAUUAAAAAAUUUGAUGAACUCCUUAAUUAUCAUCAUAAUUAUAUUUUAUCAGAUGAUACAAUAAUAACAUUUAUGUUCUAUUCAAAUUUUAUUGGUAUUUGUUUUUGUCGUUCACUUCAUUAUCAAUUUUAUGUUUGGUAUUAUCAUAUGUUAUAUCAUUUAUUAUGGAGUAUAAAUUCAAAAGAUAUUGUUAAUCUUUUGAUACUUGGUUUAAUUGAAUCAUCAUGGAAUACAUAUCCGUCAACAUUUACUAGUAGUUUAAUUUUACAUAUUUGUCAUGGAUAUAUUCUUAUUAAACUUCUACGAUCACUUACAAUACAAUCAAAUAUGAAGAAAAGUGAAAAAAAAGUGAAAUAA